UCAACUGAGAGCGGAAAAUGCUCUGGAUUUUUCCACACUUAUACGCUAAUUUCCUGCGCCUCCAGUGCGAAAAUCAAGGCGGGAAACAAGAACAAUUGCAGGUGCUAAUAACGGCGGGCAAAAAAACGUUGCCAAUUCUAUAAAAUGUGGGAAUUAGCCAAGUUGAACCACACUCAACAACCAGCAGCUCAGCAAAGAACAAGUCGAUUUCAUAUCACUACUUAAAAUCUAAUAAACUUACCAUCAAAAUGCGUUGCAACAAGAUUAUCUUCCAAUUUAUUGCCUGUUUUGCGGUUAUUGAGCUCGUGCUCGGUUAUCCCCAAGAUCGUUUCACAUCAGCGGAACAGAUUCAACAACUAAGUGAUGCCAGUGAAGGGGAUGCUGAUCCGGAGAUCUCUUCAAGCAGUGAAACCCUCAGAAAUCUAUACAGAUACGAGCGCACUCUGAGCAGAUUACGAAGAGCUCUGGAGGAGUUGGCCUAUGAGGAGGCGGCCGAUGACAUGGAGCUGGCCGAGAUCAAUGUUUUCCGGCCACUAUUCCGUUACCGAUCUCAGGUGGUGAAGGUGAAGAAUCCGCAGCAGCAGUUUGGCUAGCUAAACACUUUAGUCUUAUUAUCAUCUAUAUAAAUUAAGUCAUAUGCCAUUGAUAUCUUUUAUACAAACCUAGCCUGUUAAGAAGUAAUAUAGAGCUAAUUUAUAUUGUUAAACAUUUAAAUAUUUUAUUGUUUCAUUUGGUUGAGCCUAUGCGCCUUGCAAAUAUACACACGUGAUUAAGCAUAUGUACACACCGAUCUAUGUAGUUCCCAUUAGAGUUAAGUAUAUUAUUGUAGUUACUUUUCAUGUUUCCACUUUGAGCACAUUUACUUGAAGGCUUUUGUGGAGGACACGCGAAUUCCUUGCAUUGCACUAUUUCUUGGAAGGAUUCCUAAUAUAAACACACCGACACACACAUACAUAUUUGACUAAGGAAGACACAAAGAAUAUUGACUGCUAACGCUACAAUAUAAAUAUAUAUAUAUACGAUGGACACUCAUCGAGGGCUAUUUCUUUUUUUUAUGUAUUUAUUUUUUUAAAUCUGUCUACGCAGCUAGCUAAAUCCCUGUAAGACUUCCCUAAGCUGCUGAAAACGAAAAUAACAAGGUGCUGCAAUCCGACUUUAACACAUA